AUGUUCACCGAUCGAAGAAUAGCGGGGAAACUCACACUUUCCAACAACUGCAAGAGUUUGACCCACUUCUUCUUUACUCAGCAUGGAACAACCAUUAUCUCGAGAACCACUGAUUUGGGCUUGGGACCAAAACGAGGGAAGAAGGUUGCUUUGCUUGGUCGAGGAUUUAUGGGCUCACGGGUGGCAAACAAGCAGCACAAGAAUGAUGAGCAAUCAUUUAUGGAGUUUUAUGCUCAAAGUCAAUGUGAUGAUGGUGGAUUAAUUGCAAUCCAACAGGAGUUACAUUUGGAUGAAGAUGGGCUGAAUGGUUUGGACUAG